UUCCCCCGGCAGAGGGGAGGAGAGGCACGGAGCAGAGGCAGUCCGGAUCCAGUUUGGAGGAGGAAAACAAAACUCAGAGAGUGACGGCCACGGAGAAAUCCGAAGCCCCCGGGUGAACGGAGGGUUUGUGUCCUCUGAAGUCAUGUCUUUGCAGCGUUGGACAACUCUCCUCCAGCCCAGCUCAGACCUGAGGAAGCCCAGCAGUGUGUAGCAGCAGCAUCAUCACUCCUGUCUGUCACCAUGCCGUCGGUUUCCCUCAACCUACCAACAGCUCUAGCAGGACCAGCUCGGACCUGGGUCUGCUUGUCCUGCAUGUUCUGGCCAGAGGAGUUGGAGGCUCUUCAUUCCCACACGUUUCGGGUGAAGACUUUCAAAAAGACCAAGCACUGCGGCGUCUGCAAACAAACCAUCGUUCAGGACGGACUCAUCUGCCGAGUGUGCCGGAUAGCUUGCCACAAGAAAUGUGAAGUCAAGGUGACGUCAUCUUGUGUUCCAGCAACAAACUAUGAGCUGGCACCCAGCAGUGACCUCCCUCUCAAACAUGUAGACACCAUGGGGUCAACAAAAUCCUCAAAGAGCAUGGAGUCACGGCGCAGACCAUCGAGGAGCGCGAGUCUUCUCCAGGCCCUGGAGGAGAGCUACGAGCUGGACUUGAUCUACAUCACCGAGAGGAUCAUCUCCGUCUCCUUCCCCAGCAGCGUGGAGGAGCAGAGCUACGCUGCCAACCUGAGGGAGGUCGCCUCCAUGCUGCGCUCCAAGCACGGCCACAACUACCUGCUCUUUAACCUGAGUGAGAAACGUUAUGACAUCAGUCAGCUCAACCCAAAGGUGUUGGACUUUGGCUGGCCCGACCACCACGCUCCUGCCCUGGACAAGAUCUGCAGCAUCUGCAAGGCCAUGGACACGUGGCUGAGCGCUGACAGCCACAACGUGGUGGUGAUUCACAACAAGGGCAACCGAGGCAGAACCGGAGUGGUGGUGGCAGCCUACAUGCACUACAGCAAUAUUUCUGCCAGCGCUGACCAGGCUCUGGACAGGUUUGCCAUGAAGCGAUUUUAUGAAGACAAAGUGCUUCCUGUGGGCCAACCAUCUCAGAAAAGGUAUGUGGAGUACUUCAGCGGCCUGCUGUCUGGCCACAUUAAGAUCAAUAACAAGCCUCUGUUCCUUCAUCACGUCAUCCUGCACGGCAUUCCCAACUUUGAGUCCAAGGGAGGUUGUCGUCCCUUUCUUAAAAUCUACCAGGCCAUGCAGCCCGUCUACACAUCUGGGAUCUAUAAUGUUCAAGGUGACAGUCAGACAAGUAUUUGCAUCACCAUUGAACCAGGUCUUCUUCUGAAGGGGGACAUCUUGCUCAAGUGCUACCACAAACAAUACCACAGCCCGUGCAGAGAYGUGAUAUUCCGUGUGCAGUUCCACACCUGUGCUAUUCAUGACCUGGGGAUCAUCUUUGGGAAAGAUGAGCUGGAUGAGACAUUUAAAGACGACAGGUUUCCAGAAUAUGGAAAAGUUGAGUUUAUUUUCUCGUUUGGUCCUGAGAAAAUACAUGGUCAAGGUAUGGACCACCUGGAGAACGGGCCGAGUGUUUCGGUUGACUACAACACCCAGGAUCCCCUGAUCCGCUGGGACUCGUACGAAAACUUCCAUCAGAGCUGCGAGGAUGCUACAGACGAAGUCAACCAUACCCAAGGACCCCUUGACGGCAGCCUGUAUGCAAAAGUUCGCAAAAAGGAGUCUAUCGAAGAAACAGUCACGUCUAACGGCCUUCCACCCACUGCUGUUGACCAUGCACUACCUGCCGUUGACCAUGCCCUAUCGGUGAGUAGUGACUCAGGAAAUUCCACUGCUUCCAUCAAAACAGACCGAACAGAUGAAGCAGCAGCAGUCCCUCCAGCCUCCACAGUAAGCCAGACACACAUUACUGUGAGAGAGGAAGUACCUACAGUCCAACACCAAGCCCCGCCUUCACAACAAUCAAUCAGUCCCAAAGAGAAAAAGGAACUAGAGCAACUACUGAGUGGAUUGGAGGGGCCCACGCACCGACAAGCCUACCUGUCCACCCCGACAUCUGCUGCUGGGAUGCUUCACCUGGUGCCAGCCCAGGUCCAUGUUAACGGACACAGUGGCAUUGAUCGUGAAACUGACAUUUUGGAUGAUGAGCUGCCUACCAGUCAAGAGGGCAACAGCGUGGACAGCCUUGGAACCUUUUCCUCAACAGACGGCCGAGCUACACCAGCUGAUCUCUACUACCAGUCUGAAUCACUAAGCAAUGGCCAGGAGCACGUACCAUAUCUGGAGCGCAUCAUCCCAGAAAAGCCUCUGGAAUCUGUUCACUCACAGGUUAGCAGAUUCGAUAAACCUGUCUCUAUGACCAAAAGUGAUUCAGCCCCGUUCUCUGGUGAUUACAUGGCRACCCAAAACAGCAGCCUGUAUCGCUCUCAGUCUUUUGGUGAAGAUCCAAAGUCUAUGCCACAGGCUCCAGCCCGCACCACCAGCAGCAGAGAUGCCGUCCAGCGUGGGCUCAAUGUUUGGCAGAAGUUCGGAGUACCCGAGGAGCCAGUCACUGAAGGCAUCACUUUCAGUCCACCUCCAUCUGCAUCAAUGUCYGGCCACCACAGUUUGCCACAGUUCCCACAUCAUCGCAGUGCUUCCCAGCAAGAGAUUGAGCAAUCUAUUGAAACUCUAAACCUACUAAUAUCGGACCUACAGCCCAGCCAUGCAGUUAUGACAAAAUCUCUAAGYGCUCCACUUAGAGAAGACAACACUGUUGUGACCACCCAACCUUCCGUCUCCCAGAACCAAACCAGGCCGUCCUACCAGACUGGUACUGCUCACAUUUCUAGUCCUGCGUCUGGCCUGACCAACCUCCCAUCAAUAAAUCAGAUGUUCUUUGACAAGCCUGCUUCACCAGAGCCUACACCUGUCUAUGGAGCUCCAARUUACUCUGCUGGAACAUCUAGAACCACCGUCCAGCUCCAGUCUCCAGAGRUCUUUGAGUCCCAAAGAAAUGCUGCCUCAGCGUCGCCGCAGCCGAGAGACGGGAAUGAAGUCUUCAACGUGGAGGGACUGGUGGCCCAAAGGGUUGCAGAGUACUCGGCUCGUGUCAAAAACAUCGUCCCCAGCAUGACCUCUUCUCAGUCUGAGCACCGCCGCUCUCACUCCCUCUCCGGUGUUCAGGCCCGGGCGGUGUCCUUGGAUGAACCGGCUGUCCUCCCUCGCCAUCGCCUCGCCAGCGAGGGUCACUCUGACGACGCUUCUGAUGUCCCCGUCCGUUCCCCCGUCCGCUGCGUCUCUCCAGAGUUUGUCAACGCCAUAGCGAUGAACCCUGGAGGGCGGCCCAAAGAGAGGAACAUGCACAGCUACCGGGAGGCCUUCGAGGAGAUGGAAGGAGGUCCCAUCAGUCCAACACCCACAGCUGGUGGUGAGGCGUUUCCCCAAACCCCCGCCUUCCCCAUCUCACCGCAAACCCCUUACUUCAAUUUGUGCCGGUCUCCUCCUGGUCUCGCCAAGACUCCACUGUCAGCUCUGGGCUUGAAGCCACACAACCCGGCAGAAAUCCACCUCAAUCAAACAGGCUCAGCUCCAAGGAGCUACGUAGAGUCUGUGGCSAGGUCGGCAGCAGCAGGCGGAGAGCUGUCCACGUCACCUCGAAGUCUUAGCCCCACUGGAGACAGCAAGAGUCACCCGAGGAGUCCAAGUCCCCCCACCCAAACACUAAACCCACCUUUGUCCAGCAGCAGUCCCAUCCAGAGCUCACAGGGGGAUCCUCACUUAACUGAAAGCAGCACAUCCUCCCAACCGGCAUCUGAUUCUGGGUUCUACCCCCAGCCCACWCACAUCCCAUCCAAUCAAAACCCGAAUCCUUCCACUUCCUCCUACCUGGACUCCAGCUCUCCAACCUCUUCCCGCCUCGGCUCCACAACCCCCACACUGUCCUAUCUUGGUCCCAGCAGCCUGUUGGGGAGCUAUCCAUCAUCUGAUCCCAGCCCACCUGUCCCAGAGCCAUCCAAGAUGGCUAUUGGCUAUGGAAGUCCCCAUCCUCUGCCCAUCGUCCAUGGCUCUGUCCACAGUCCCAUCCUCCUGCAACACGUGGGGGUUCGACAGGUUGGGUCCAACCAGCUGAUCCAGAAAUCACCAGCUAAUGGUUUUGAAGAGAUCAUGGCAGGGUUAGGUGGGAGUCCCAUCCUUGGUCGCCGUCUGUCACAGGGUACUCAGAGCAGCCCGGUCCUCAGCAGACAGGCCUCUCUGGGACAGGCGUCUCAGCACAGCCCAGUCCUCAGCAGGCAGCCGUCCUUGGGUCAACCCAUCCAGAGCAGCCCCGUGCUCAGCCGACAGCCAUCCGUCACACACCCUCAAGGAAGUCCAGUGUUGGGCCGUCACCCRUCCGUGACCCAGAUGUCCCAGAGGAGUCCCAGUUUAGACCGCCACCCCAUGCACAGCGGUUACACCACGCCAGAUGAGAGACACGGGAACCUGUCAAGACAGAGCAGCUCCUCUGGCUACCAGGGACCACCCACCCCCUCCUUCCCCGUCCCCGCUGCUGGCUUCCAGGAUGGUGGGGUGUUGGGGAUGGGUGCGGGUUUCAGGCAGGGGAGCCCAGCUUCUGUUUUCCAGCCCCAACUCCCAGAGAAGAGGCGCAUGUCCAGCGGCGACAGACCAAACGGAGGACUGUCCUACGGGACGCUAAAUGGGAAGAUAGUGUCCCCGGUGAAUGGAGGAGGUACUUCAGGCUACUUCCACACCUUGUCGGACUUCUCACGGUUCAAUAUACCUGAUGGAAGCCCAGAGAGCAGGCUGAAUGUUAAAUUUGUUCAGGACACGUCUAAGUUCUGGUACAAGCCCGACAUCUCCAGGGAGCAAGCUAUCAACCUGCUGAAAGAGCGAGAGCCGGGAGCCUUCGUCAUCCGAGACAGCCACUCGUUCAGAGGGGCGUAUGGUUUGGCCAUGAAGGUGGCUUCUCCACCUCCAACUGUGCACCAGAACAAAAAAGGCGACACCACCAACGAGCUAGUGAGGCACUUCCUGAUCGAGAGCAGCCCUAAAGGAGUGAAGCUCAAAGGUUGCCCCAACGAGCCUUAUUUUGGUUGUCUGUCUGCUUUGGUCUACCAACACGCCAUCACACCUUUGGCUCUUCCUUGUAAGCUCAUCAUCCCGACUGCAGAUCUGAUGGAGGAAACACCCGAGGUGGCAGCACCAAACCCUCUGGUUGAAAGAUUAAAACAAGGAGCAGUGCAGAGCGCCCCUGCUGAUUCCCAUGCGUGCAACGUUCUCUACAUCAACUCGGUGGACAUGGAAUCCCUGACGGGCCCCCAGGCAGUGGCCAAAGCCAUAACCGAGACUCUGACCGCCGCUUCUCCACCGGCCGCCACCGUCGUUCACUUCAAGGUGUCCUCGCAGGGCAUCACRCUCACCGACAACCAGAGGAAGCUUUUCUUCCGGCGCCACUAUCCCACCAACACYGUCACUUUCUGCGAUACGGACCCUCAGGACAGGAAAUGGAGUAAAGCUGAAGGAGGCACAGCCAAGCUCUUCGGGUUUGUGGCGCGCCGGCAGGGCAGCACGACGGACAACGUCAGCCACAUCUUCGCCGAGCUGGACCCGGACCAGCCGGCCAGCGCCAUCGUCAACUUCGUCUCGAAGAUCGUCGCCUCGCAGACGCGAUGAGAAGCGUCGGCCACAAAAAGUAAAAAUAAAUAAAUAAAACCAACCCUGGCGCUUUAAAAAAAAAAAGCUUUGGUUAUUUUCUCUCCCUUUUUUUUUUUUUUUACCACAGAAACCUUUGAUUUUCACCUUCUUUUUCUGCUCCGUCACAUUUUCUGUGUGUUUGGAAGCUGAGUGCAACUUUUUAUUUGGGUCGGGCUUCAGAACGGACCAGAGGAAGUGCAGGAUGGGGRUGUGGCUGCAUGCGAUGAUGGGGUGUGGGGGGUGGGGGUUUCAUCCCCCUGGAAGGGUACCUAAAAAAAAAACAGGAAGAGGGAUUGAGAUUUGGGUGUUUAAAUGUCAAGUCGUUGCUUUUUUUUAAUGUUUUGUUUAAGAAGUCAAGUCGUCUGAUCUACGGUUGGAUUGUUUUUCUAUCAGGCUUUCGACUGGUCAACCAAAGAUUUUACAGAAGUAGUCGGGGGGGUGUAUAGUGUGCCACUGUGGGAAGGUCAGAAGUAUUCUUUUGUACAACAAAUAUUGCUGCUUAUUUAAAAGAAAUACUGUUAGAAAUAGAUUCUUCCUGUAUGUACUGAUACUGUAGGUCAAUUCUGCACCGACAAGCAAAAAAAGUUGAGGUUUUGCAGCUGUAAAUAUUCUAAAUAGCUUUUUUUUAGGUAGAACUGAACUUAGAUAACUUUUGGUGCCUGACUUUGUUGCCUAAAAACUAUUCAAAAAAAGAAGAAAAAAAUAUGCAAGUUGUUUAAAUAUGCAAAACAGCCAAACUUGGAAAUAAGCUUAAGGACUGAAGCUAAAGAGCGGCUCGUCUGAACGUGUUGUUUCAGCUGUUUGGCUGUGGGAUUGUCAGUAAGAGUUACUGUUUGAGUCRUUGCAUCCAAUCAGAGAGAAGGGCUCUUUACUUCACUGAAGGGCCGACAUCAUCAUUUAACCAAAACCGCCCCCCCUCGCCCUGCCCUAAUGUAAGCUAUACGUACAUACAGUAGAUAUACAAAGAAAUAUAUAUAAACUUCCAGACAGUGAUCUAAAAUAUUUAUUUUUGUUUGCUUUGUUGCUCCAUUUUAUCUUGUAUACAUGUAUUAUAAAGUAUACAUCAAGCGAGAGGAAAGCUUUUAUUUUAGCUGAAAGUGUUUUACAUGAAAAAGGUGUAAAGUGUGUGCAUUUAAGUGUAUCACUGUUGUUUUUUUAAGUGUUCAUAUUUUCUUAAAGUCUGCUUUUAAGAGGGGAAUUAUUUUAUAAGGAAGAAUGUCCCAAUUAGAGUUUUUUUUUUCUUUUAAAGUGACAUCGAACACAUUUUCUUUUAUAAAA